UAAAUGCAAGAACUUUAAGAAAGAUUAGGUACUGGGUAUCUUGUAUUCCAACUCAAUAAGAUAGUGGGGAGGAAAGAGAUAUGCCCAUCGCUAGCAAAACCAGAAAUAUGCUUGAAGGUCUGAUAAAAGAAGGAUCAUUGAAAUGGUUGCUUGGCAAGAAGAGUUACUUUGGUGAAGAAUUUGAAGAGAUGGAAAAUUCUCCUUCUGCUGGGAAGAACUUUAUACGAGAGCUCUCUCCUGUUGCAAACCUAGUUGUUCGUAGAUGCUCAAAAAUCCUUAGGACCUCUUCAAGUGAUCUUCUGGAGAGCUUCAAUCAAGAGGCUUCUGAUUCUAUGAAGCAUCCAUCACGAUAUGCGAGGAACUUUUUGGAAUAUUGUUGUUUCAAAACCCGGUUAGGACUUAUCUUCGAAGACCAUGGAAGCAAUAUUCAAGAACAAUUUUAAUGAAGACUUAUCUUGAUGGCUUUAUCAAUCCUCAAGGUUCGAUGGAAUGGAGUGGUAACUUUGCAUUGAACACACUUUAUUAUGGAGAGUA